UCCGGGGUGUUUGAACAGGAAGGCGGACAUGUUGGUCAGGCUGUGGGAGAAAAUCGGGCACCGUCUGCUGUUUUUCCCCCCCGAAAAAAAAAAUCAGAACCCUAUUUUUAUGUCUUUGGUCUGAGGCAUGAAUCAGUUUGGACAGGAAACAGUCGCAAGCCAGUGACGGUGCACAGGAUUCAGCGUAUGGACUGCCUUUAAACGCCUAACGAGUCCUUGUUUAAACUGUUCGAAAUUAGGAAGAAGCAGAAGUUUUUCCCCUCCACUACUUCUACUUUUGAGCUGUCAGAUUCGUUCGUCGUUUUCUGCAGGGGCCUGGCACAGACAUGGGAACCGGUCUGGGCUAAUCUUCCGACAUGCUGUACUUUCUCAGAGAGACAUAAAUUACAUUUUUAAUUGCCUUUUGUUUGGAUGCACCAACAUUUUAAGCUCUUAUCCUCAGCGGCAUCCUGCGGAGGCUGACUAAUCUGUCGCCGCAUUUAUCGCUUGCUACUGAAGUUGUUUGUCACUCAUACUGGAGGAAAUCAUCGCUCUACUCUGAAAAUGUGGCUUUUAUAUAUUCGGCGCAACCUCAAAUGUUUCACUUUGUGUGAAAGCUCGACGAGAACAAUGUAUUUUCUUUGAAGUGCAGAGUGAAGUUCACACGAAAAAGGAACAUUUGGCUAGCUAGCUAGCUACCGUCGACUGCUAAAGCUAGCUAGCCAGCAAUCUGCCUCGCCACUGUUUUUGUUCACAACCUCCUAAAAACCCGGGACUGAGUUUGACAGCAAAUAUGUCAGCUGGGGAAAGUAUGGAGGCUCGAUUUGAUAAAAUCGACGUCAUGCUGAAGGACCCGAAGUCAGAAAUAAAUACGGAUUGUCUUCUGGAUGGCUUGGAUGCAUUGGUGUAUGACCUUGACUUCCCUGCCCUGAGGAAAAACAAGAGCAUUGACAACUUCUUGAAUAGAUAUAAAGAAACUAUUAGUAAAAUUCGUGAUCUACGGAUGAAAGCUGAAGACUAUGAGGUGGUUAAAGUUAUUGGUAGGGGAGCAUUUGGAGAAGUGCAAUUGGUAAGACACAAAGCCACAAGCAAAGUAUAUGCCAUGAAGCUUCUGAGCAAGUUUGAGAUGAUCAAGAGGUCGGACUCUGCUUUCUUCUGGGAGGAGAGAGACAUCAUGGCUUUUGCCAAUAGUUCAUGGGUGGUGCAGCUCUUUUUUGCUUUCCAAGAUGAUCGCUACCUCUACAUGGUGAUGGAAUACAUGCCCGGUGGAGACUUGGUGAACUUAAUGAGCAACUAUGAUGUCCCAGAGAAGUGGGCCCGCUUUUAUACAGCCGAGGUGGUGCUAGCUCUGGCUGCAAUCCACUCCAUGGGGUUUAUUCACAGGGACGUGAAGCCUGAUAACAUGUUGUUAGACAAAUCAGGUCACUUAAAACUGGCAGACUUUGGGACCUGUAUGAAAAUGAACAAGGAUGGUAUGGUACGAUGUGACACAGCAGUGGGAACUCCUGACUACAUUUCGCCUGAGGUACUUAAAUCCCAAGGAGGAGAUGGCUAUUAUGGCAGAGAGUGCGACUGGUGGUCUGUGGGAGUGUUCCUGUAUGAAAUGCUAGUUGGUGACACUCCGUUCUAUGCAGACUCACUGGUGGGGACGUAUAGCAAAAUUAUGAACCACAAGAACGCCCUGACCUUCCCUGAAGACAGCGACAUCUCCAACGAUGCCAAGAAUCUCAUCUGUGCUUUCCUGACUGACAGGGAAGUUCGGCUUGGACGUAACGGUGUAGAUGAAAUCAAGAGGCAUCCUUUCUUCAAGAAUGACCAGUGGACAUGGGAGAUCAUCAGGGACGCGGCUGCCCCAGUUGUACCUGAACUGAGCAGUGACAUCGACACCAGUAAUUUUGACGACAUUGAAGAGGACCGGGGAGAGGAGGAGACCUUUCCUGUACCGAAGGCCUUUGUGGGCAACCAGCUCCCCUUUGUAGGCUUCACUUACUACAGCAGCAAGCAUCCUUUACGCAGCUCCACCACCUCAAAGACCAGUGACAAACGUAGCAGCUCCACAAAGGAAGACAAGAGUCAUCUGGAAAACCUCCAAAAACGAAUCUACCAUCUAGAGGAACAGCUCCACAGUGAGAUGCAGCAGAAGGAUGAGUUGGAACAGAAAUGCAGGACAUCCAACAACAAGAUUGAGAAGAUCAUGAAAGAACUGGAUGAAGAGGCGAACCUUCGUAAGAAUACAGAAGCCAGCAUGUCUAUACUGGAGAAGGAAAAGCUCAUGAUGCAGCACCGAUUCACAGAGUACCAAAGAAAAGCCGACCAGGACGCAGAGAAGAGACGCAAUCUGGAGAAUGAGGUGUCAACUUUAAAGGAGCAGCUUGAAGAUAUGAGGAAGAUCAGUCACAACUCGCAGGCCUCAAACGACAAGAUUGUCCAGCUGCAGAAUCAGCUGGAGGAGGCCAAUGACCUGCUGCGCGCAGAGUCGGACACCGCUGCGAGACUGAGGAAGAGUCACACGGAGAUGGCAAAGUCAAUGAGUCAGCUGGAGAGUUUGAACCGUGAGAUGCAGGAGAGGAGCCGUGCAGGAGACGCAGAGAAGGCGCAGCUGGAGAAGGAGCUUCUGCUUCUUCAGAGCACCUUGGACUCUGAGAGGAGGAACUACAGCCUUGGAUCUGAGGAGAUCAGGGAGCUGCAAGCGAGGAUGUCAGGAUUGCAAGAGGAUAACAAAAACUUGAAGCUCAGCCUCUCUAAAAUGGAGGCAGAACGGAAACAAUCCCAGGAAAGGAGUAAUAACAUGGAGAAGGAAAAGAACAAUCUUGAAAUAGACCUCAACUACAAACUUAAGACCCUGCAGCAGCGUCUUGAGCAAGAACAGACGGAACACAGGGUGACGCGGGCACAGCUCACUGACAAAUACGAGUCUAUUGAAGAAGCCAAAUCAGCUGCAAUGAAUGCUGUUCAGCAGAAGAUGUCUGAGGAGAAUGGAGCCAGGAUGAGAGCUGAAAGCCGAGUAGUGGAGGUGGAGAAGCAGUGUUCAAUGCUAGAGUUUGACCUCAAGCAGUCUGUGCAGAAGAUGGAGCAGCUGAUGAAGCAAAAAGAGAGGCUGGAAGAUGACGUAAAGAACCUGCGGAUACAGUUGGAGCAGGAGUCGAGCAAGCGCAUCCUGUCUCAGAAUGACUUGAAGAGCCGCACACAGGAAGUGGACCGUCUUAGGUGUUCAGAGAAGCAGCUCAAACAAGAGAUCAACGCAGCACUAGAGACUAAACGGUCACUGGAGUUCCAGUUGGCACAGCUGACCAAACAAUACAGAGGCAACGAGGGACAGAUGAGGGAACUUCAAGACCAGCUUGAGGCCGAACAGUAUUUUUCUACACUUUACAAAACUCAGGUUAAGGAACUAAAAGAGGAGCUUGAGGAAAGGAACCGACUGGUACAAGAUGCUCAAAAGAGGGUGCAGGAUUUGUGCAGUGAAAGGGACUCCCUGUCUGCCCAGCUGGAUCUGACAGUAACCAAGGCAGAAUCAGAGCAGCUUGCGCGGGCACUUCAGGAGGAACAGUACUUUGAGCUCAGCCAGGAGAAUAAGAAGGCAGUGACCAGAUAUAAGCAGGAGGUUGGGGAAAAAGAUGCCACCAUUUCACGGCUCGAGGAAUCUCAUAAAACUCUGACCAAAGAUGUGGAGAAUCUCAGCAAAGAGAAGGGCGAACUGAAUGAGAAGCUGAAAACUCAGGAAGAAGAGUACGUAGCUCAGAAGGAGGAGAUUGCAAAUACAAUCAGGGCCAACUAUGAGAAGGUCCUCACCACAGAGCGCACACUGAAGACUCAGGCGGUGAACAAGCUGGCAGAGAUCAUGAACCGCAAGGACAUGAAGCUGGACCAGAAGAAGAAGGGCAGUACUGCAGACCUGCGGAAGAAAGAGAAGGAGAACCGCAAGCUUCAGCUGGACCUUAAUCAGGAGAAGGAGAAGUUCAACCACAUGGCCAUCAAGUAUCAGAAGGAGCUGAGUGAGAUGCAGGCGCAACUGGCAGAAGAAUGCACGUAUCGCAACGAGCUGCAGAUGCAGCUGGACAGUAAGGAGAGCGAUAUCGAGCAGCUUCGGGAGAAACUGAACGACCUGCAACAGCGCAUGGAUAACUCGAGUGUUACCAGUUUGCAGACCGAUGAGACGGACAGCAACAUUGCAGAAUCCAGAUUGGAGGGUUGGCUGUCUAUUCCUAAUCGUGCGAAUAUCAAGCGAUACGGAUGGAAGAAGCAGUAUGUGGUGGUGAGCAGUAAGAAGAUCCUGUUCUACAAUGAUGAGCAGGAUAAGGAACAGUCCAACCCCUCAAUGGUACUAGAUAUAGAUAAACUAUUUCAUGUUAGACCAGUCACUCAAGGAGACGUGUACCGGGCUGAGACGGAAGAGAUUCCAAGGAUAUUCCAGAUUCUGUAUGCCAAUGAAGGAGAGUGCAGGAAGGAGGCGGACAUGGAGACAGUCCCUCAGGGCGACAAGACUAACUGUCUCCCACACAAGGGUCAUGAGUUCAUCCCCACGCUAUAUCACUUCCCUUCGAACUGCGAGGCCUGCUCCAAGCCUUUGUGGCACGUCUUCAAGCCGCCUCCGGCCCUGGAGUGUCGCCGCUGCCAUGUUAAGUGCCACAAGGACCAUCUUGACAAAAAGGAAGAUGUUAUUGCUCCUUGCAAAGUAAAUUAUGAUGUGACCUCUGCCCGGGACAUGCUCCUGCUGGCUCUGACCCAGGAUGAGCAGAAGAAGUGGAUUGGUCACCUUGGAAAGAAGAUUCCCAAGACCCCACCAUCUACAUUUUCUCGAGCCUCUCCUCGUUCUAUGUCCACUCGCUCUGGACCAAACCAGUCCUUCCGCAGGAACCCUAAAAGCAAUACAGGAAAGCUGAGCAGAGCGCAGUCCAGCCUCCACGCAGCAGACACAACAUCCAGCACUUGUUGACAGGAACUUCUUCAGAAAGUGUUGUUAACUUUUUAGACCUUUGGUCUAAAGAAUUAAACUUUUCUAUUUAUUAAUUGUGUUACUGGGUGUUUCUAACACAAGACACUUCCUGAUUGGUUGGUUGGUUGGUUGACUCCUGGGCUUUUUCCAGUUGACACUUUGGAUUCUUGUUGUUUUUCUAAUUGGCACUAAUGUGUUGUUGGGUUCAGUAACUAACGUGAUAGACUUACAGUACAACUGGUUAGAAUGGUCCACUUGUUUUUUUUACCAUACCGGUCAAACAUGAUGCAAAGGUGUUAAUGGUGUUGCAGUGUCUGUAAACGAGCUUUUCUGUUGUCUGUUGACUCAAAUUGGGUUACUAACCAAGUAUAAGAUAUUGUCUUUCUUUUACUGGACACCUGUCUCUAUUCUUUCUUUCAGCUAACCAUCUGAACCGUUCCUCAUCUUCAGAAAUGGAGAAACCUGUAUUAUAGAAAAUUCAUUUAAAGAAAAAAAAAAUAUAUCAAUAAAAAAACCAGCUCUGGAAAAUUGCAAACACAUCAGACAAAAGGCAUCAUGGACAUUACAGAUGCCUGAUCCCCUCUCUCUGUCACUUUACUUCUCAAGAACACCAUCCAACUCGACUUGCAGCUCUCCACUUUGACCAGAAGAUGGCACACUCGUCAUGAACUGAACAUGGACAGUGCAGCGAUAUUAAAGAGCUAUUCUGAGUUUUUAAUAUUAUGACAGUUCUAAUUCUGAUGGAAACAGGAGGUUAAAACGGGGGUUUGCUGGGAUUCCUGCAAGUAUGCGUUUGGUUUAAGGUACUGUCAUACAGGGAUUUUCCAGUCUGCAGUGAGUGGUUGUGCCUCAGGUGGAACACAAAUAUCUGUUGUUUCUUUCCACACCUGACAGAUACCCAAGCUAAAUGCAAGCAUACUUCUGUUUCCAGCUACAAAAACAAAUGACACAUGCCUUUGUCUCUGGCCUUUUUUUUUGCCUUUAUUCUUAUCACUUUACAAUUCACUUAUCAGGUUUGGGGCGGAGUAUUGGGACACGAGUAUUAGAUGUUUUGAGUAUUGAGUGAGGAGCAUGCAAGAUCAUGAUUUAAAUCUAUGCAUUAUUUUAUUAUAAUUAUUUUUAUUGCUCCAAGCCAUAAGGAAUGUUCCAUUGUAAUGGCAUGUAGGAGUCCUGAAACUUAAUUGAUUUCCUUUGUUUUUGUUGUUUAUUUGGUACAUUGUAUUUUUUUUUCUUGUAUUUUUUUGUAAUGUAUUGCCUUACAUUGAUUCAUAGAAAAUGGUUCAAAAGGAAAACAUUAAGUUAACAAAUGUAAAACUGCACUGUUUAAAUUGUAAAUUAUUUGUAGAAGACUAAACAGGUGUAGCAUUUGGCCCACCUAGUGCCUUAACGUUUGGAUAUUGAUUUUAUUGCCAUAUCUGUUUGGUUAUUUCUUUUUCUCCAAAACAAGACAAAUCUUAACUCUUCCAUCAUUUGGGUUUUUUUUUUUGUUUUUGUUUUUUUUUAAGAAAUUGCCACUUAUUUUGUGGUUUUAUCAGAAUUUACUGUUUCUGGUUAAAGUGUGUAUAUAUACAUACAUAUAUAUAUAUAUACAUAACAUUACCUCUUUAUGGACACAUUGCAAUAGAGUUAGUGUGUCAAAAACGAAGUCCCCAGACUCAGUUCAAACGACAUAUAUUGGGAUGGUGUACUUACAGCAAGCCUACCUGCGUCAAUGACUGUCCUUGUUAACAUUGACGAGUUGUGUCUCUAACAUGGUAAUGUCCCGUUAAUGCAGACCCCCCAGGGUGUAUAUAAUAAGAGAGACAUGAGGAUUAUGGAAUACCUCCGCAAUCUUUUCAUUUGUAACUUUUUGUUCAGUUUAAAAAAAAAGCACUGGAACUAUGAUCUACUCUUGUCUUGGAUAAUUUGCAUGGUUAAUUGCAUUGGAGUCCGCACUGAUGGAUAUGUCAAUAAACAUAUCUUUGUCA